AUGGGGAAGCUCGUCAGACUCGAGCUGUUUAAUUUCAAGUCUUAUAAGGGCCACCACGUCUUGCUUUUCGGUGAUGCCUUCUUCACUUCAAUCAUCGGCCCCAAUGGAUCGGGCAAGUCGAACUCGAUGGAUGCUAUAUCGUUCGUACUCGGUAUAAAGUCGUCGCAUCUUCGAUCGACCAACCUCAAAGAUCUUGUGUACCGUGGCCGUGUCCUUAGAACCUCCAAAGUCAAUGACGACGGAUCCGCCACUGAACCUCAGGCGAAAGAGAACGAAAAUGACGCGCAAGAUGGAUCUGAUGUCGACGACUCGCAGACUCAAGGCGAACGCGGCGAUCCACGCUCGGCUUGGGUGAUGGCAGUUUACGAAGACGACGCUGGCGAAGAGCAGCAAUGGAAGCGGUCGAUUACCAGCAGUGGUGUUAGUGAAUAUCGUAUCAAUAACAAAAUCGUGACUGCGCAACAAUACAACGAAGCAUUAGAGGCUGAAAAUAUUCUCAUCAAAGCCCGCAACUUCCUUGUUUUCCAAGGGGACGUUGAAGCCAUUGCAUCACAGUCGCCGAGAGACCUGACUCGGCUGAUUGAGCAAAUUUCCGGAAGCCUGGAGUAUAAAGCUGAAUACGAGCGCCUAAAAGCCGAACAGGAAGAAGCAGGAGAGCAACAAACUUUCCAGCUGAAUCGCCGUCGCGGAAUCAAUUCGGAGAUCAAGCAAUACCAAGAACAAAAACGGGAGGCCGAAAACUACGCGCGAAAGGCGGAAGAACGGGACCAAGCAAUCAUCACUCACAUUCUUUGGAAGCUGUUCCAUUUCCAACGGUUGAUUGAUGAAUCCAGUGCAGAGAUACAGAAGCACCAGGAUGAACUCAAAGAAUAUCGCCGAGGCGUCGAGAAAUACGAGAAGAAUCUCGAGGAAGCUAAGAAGGAGCAUGCAAAAAUGGGCAGAGAGGUAAACAACGCAGAACGCAACAUUGUCAAAAAAGAGAAGGAUAUCGAAGAUGCAUCGAACUCGCUUGUUCCUAUUGAAGAAAAGAUUGAGAUCACUUCGGGCAAGGUACAGAGGUACGGGUCGAGGAUCUCUGAUAUCGCCCAAGAGCGUGAAACCCAAGCAGCAAAUGUGACGCGCCUUGAGAAAGAUCUAAAAGUUAUAGAAAAGGCACAAGCUCAAUGGGAAGCUGACUGGGAAAAAACGAUGAGCAAGACCGGCGGACAACUAAGUGAAGCCGAUCUCCAAGAAUACAACAAACUCAAAGAGGAAGUCAACAAGCGUUCCUCAGCUGAGCAGCUAAAACUCGACAAUCUCAGACGCCAAAGGAAGACUGAUGCCGAAACAUUGAACAGUUUGAGCAGCAAAUUUGAGAGUGCGCAAUGGCAGCUUCAGAAUCUGGAAGCUGAAGCGAAGACUGUAAAAGCACGCAAGUCCGACAUUACCGACACCAUCAAAGAUACGUCUACGGAGAUCGACCGCAAGAAGAAGGAACUCAAUGCUGUGACUUCGGAACGUUUGCGAGUAUCGCAGAUGCGUACGGAACUUGAAGAAAAGCUUCAAGUUGUCCUGAAAAAGCUUCUCGAAGCGGACGAUGGUAGAAAGCAAAGCGAGAAAGAGAUCAGGAUGAAAGAAAUGAUAUCCACACUGAAACGUAUCUUUCCAGGUGUGAAGGGUCGUGUCAGCGAUCUGUGUCAGCCCAAGCAAAAGAAGUAUGCAGAAGCUGUCAGCACUGUUCUGGGUCGCCAUUUCGACGCUAUUGUUGUAGAUAAUGAGAAAACGGCAAAGGAAUGCAUUCAGCAUCUCCGUGAUCAACGAGCUGGCCAAGCCACCUUCAUCCCGCUAGAGACAAUCCAGGUAAACGCUUUCAACUCUAACCUCAAGGGUAUGCAUCGUAGCAUGCGCCCAGCGAUUGAGACAGUUGACUACGAGAAUUCGGUUUCACGUGCUAUCAGCUACGCUUGCGGCAAUGCCAUUGUUUGCGAUGACCUGGAUACUGCUAAAUAUCUAUGCUAUGAGAAGGGCGUCGACGCCAAAGCCGUCACAUUAGAUGGGACGGUGAUUCAUAAAGGGGGUCUUAUGACUGGUGGUCGGGGACCUGGACAUCAAAGUUCGAAAAGAUGGGACGACUCUGAGUUGGAGAAUCUUCAUAAAUUGAAAGACAAGCUACUUGCCGACCUUGCCGCGUUGCCCAAGGGUCACCGUCGAGGUACAGACGAGGAAACCUUGCAAGGUGAUCUUGUAGGCCUCGAACAGCGGUUGGCUUAUGCUAGGGAGGAAUUGAAAGCUCUUGAGCGUAACAUGAAGAGCAAGGACAGCGAACUUCAAUUUGCUAAGAAGCAGGUGGCGGAAGUUCAGCCGAAACUGCGCGAAAGAGAGAAAGCGAUGAACCAACUGGAUAAAGCUAUUGAAUCCUCAGAAGAGUCGGUGGCUGAUGUUGAGGACGAAAUUUAUUCCAACUUCUGCGGGCGCCUUGGGUACGAGAGUGUUCGGGAUUAUGAAGCUCAGCAGGGUUCUCUACAAGAAGAGGCUGCUCGCAAGAAGCUGGAAUUUACCACUCAAAAGAGCAAGGUUGAAAACCAGCUAAGCUUUGAGAAGCAACGCUUACAAGCCACCGAUGACCGAAUUGAGGGUCUGAAAGCACAAUAUAAGCGUGAUGAGGCGCAAAUUAAAGAAUUCAAAGCCGAGCAGGAUAGGAUUCGAAACAGUCUGGAUGAACUCGAAGCUGAGCUUGAGAUUCUGAAUGAACGUCUUGCAGAGCAAAAAGAUGCGUAUGCGGAAUCACAGGAGAAGUUGGCUGGCCAUCGACGAGAGCUUCAAAGGCGUGCAAAGAAUGUUGAAGACACUCUCCGAGCAGUAAGCGCACUAGAAAGUGAUAUUCAACGGAAUUCUUCCAAUCGCUAUGCUCUUCUUCGACGAUGCAAACUAGAAGACAUCGAUUUGCCACUCUCUGAGGACUCGGCACCCCUGGAUAAUCUGCCAAUUGACGAUCUUGUGCAGAAUGCGGACGCGGAUGCCAUGGAUAUUGAUGAGGAUACGACUAUGACCGGACUGGAGGCUCCAGCUGUACAGGACUACGGUAUCGACGUCGACUUUGAUUCCUUGGGUGAGACAUUGAAAGAAUCUGCUGAAGAGAAGCUUGAAGAAGAAUUGCAAGAACGUAUUCGUGCUCUCAACAGCGAGCUUGACAAAAUGGCACCCAACACUCGAGCCAUGGAACGAUUGGAAAAUGUCGAGAACAAACUUCGUGGCACAGAAAAGGACUUUGAGGAUGCCAGAAAACGAGCUAGGAAGGCCAAAGACGAUUUCGAAGACGUUAUGCAGAAGCGAUCAGAGUUGUUUAACAAGGCAUUCUCACAUAUUUCCGAGCAAAUUGGACCCAUUUACCGGGAGUUGACCAGAAGUGCCAAUUAUCCACUAGGAGGUCAAGCCUAUCUCGAUAUUGAAGAUUCCGAUGAACCGUAUCUGGACGGUAUCAAAUACCAUGCCAUGCCUCCACUCAAGCGGUUCCGCGACAUGGAACACUUGUCGGGUGGGGAGAAGACAAUGGCCGCUCUUGCUCUUCUUUUUGCAGUGCAUUCUUACCAACCGUCUCCAUUCUUUGUUCUCGACGAGGUAGACGCUGCCCUUGAUAAUACCAACGUGGCUCGUAUUGCCAACUACAUCCGAGAUCACGCGGCUCCUGGCAUGCAGUUCAUUGUCAUCAGUUUGAAGACGGGACUCUUCCAACUGAGCGAGGCGCUUGUCGGAAUUUACCGAGAUCAGACAGAAAAUAGCAGUAAUUCGCUUACUCUAGAUCUACGCAAAUACCAGUAG